AUGACCUCUCCUGGGGGAUGUACAACGAUGUGGGUGCAGACAUUCCAGUGCUGGCCCCAAGCAUGGAUCACGAUGGCAUGUUGGUGGUGGAAGAAAGUCACCGCGGGAGUGCAGCUUCUGAGUACUCGACCCACCUCCUUGACCAACGACAAGACGGAGGUGAUCUUCUUCCCCAUUUCAUUCCAGGUGGACCUGGAAACCUCCCUGCGCAUCAGCGCACCUCCAGGAUUCAAGUGGGACGUGGAUCCAAACGCUUUUUUCCGUCGAACCAACGGAACCCUGGAGGAUUGGCCGCGUCUCCCGACGAUUUUGAACCAGAAUCAGAUGGUUUUCAACACUUUGAGCCUUAAGGGAAACACACAAUACGGCUUCCGGGCGCGCUGCGACGUGCCGGACUUCAAUCCGGUGAUUGCGGCCAACUCCUUCUUCAUUGAGUUCGGCUACAAAAGCAACGUGAUCCAACAGAGGCGUUUUGCCAACGUCGUAGAAGCACCAUCAAUUGCUGCACUGACGAAUGCGGAGGUCUAUUCCAGCACUAACCUGGUGAACUAUGCGGACAAUCGGAUCGAGUUCGCAGUGCAGACAGUGACCACGUUGACUGCAAACACUGGUAUCGUGGUGAAGGGCAGCGACCUGACCACUGGCUUUACCUUCACCUGCCCCGACACCUUGGUGGCGCUGCCAGAAUCUGCACCCUUCCCCACGGAUCUCAUUUGCGUCUACCAAGUCGCGUCAGAUGGAGCACCUCAAAUCACCUUGAAGGUGAACAACAUCAAUAUGCCACCGGGUUAUUACAGGUGGGAGAUGACUGCGCAGAAUCCUCCGACGAGGAAACAAGAUCCUGGUUUGUGGACCUUCGGUACCUACUUGGCUGUCUCGGACUAUCCAACGACUCCUGUGUUGGACAAGGAGUUGCAAGCCGUCGGCUUCCGGAUCGACAACAUGAUGCGUGAUGCCCGCCUGACGGCGCUCACGCAGGCCCAACGGGCCGCGACCAAUCGCAAUGACCGACCUGGGAAGUCGAAUCAGCUGAUCUUCCAGUUCAGUCUCAAUAUCAGGCCCCUGGCCAAUCGGAUCCUGAUUCUGCGAGGGCCGCGCGGCUUUGUUUUCGAUGACAACUGUUUGCCCUACGUCAUCACGGACCAGAACACGGUCUUCGGGCCCAACACCCAAGACGUGUGGCCUCCGGACUACUCCGUGUGGCCUCUAGAGUAUCGGCCCACCAAGUGCACCGGAGUCGGACGAGAAGCUCAGAUCACCAUUCCUAGCGGCUUGGGAAGAUACAGUCUCUAUGUUUUCCGCAUUGGAGUGCGCAACAACCCACCUUCGACUCCAGACUGGAACAAAUGGAGCAUGAAUUUCAACGAUGAAUCCUCAGAUCCGUUCCAAGGAUUUACGGUGUGGACCUUCACCAACAUGGCCAUCAACGCAGUGGGCGCCAUGAAGACGCCCAGGGCUGGCAUUCCGCGAACGGCAACUCCUGUAACCAUCGUGUUCACGCCCUUCAACACAGUUCCGGCCAAACCUCCGAAUGAGCAGUAUGGCGGCAUGAUCCGCCUAACAGUGCCAGUCGAGUAUGAAAUCGAGCACCAGAACGACAACAUGCAGACCUGUGAGGUCCAGCUCUUCAUCAGCGAUCGCUCCGAAAUCUUUGAAAGCACGGACUACGUGUUCCCGGCUGCGUUACCAAACCCGGGUUGGUGCAUGGUGUGGCGCUUUCUGAUUGUGGUGUCCUUCUUCCUCCAGUUUGACCACCACGGCAUUGGCCACUUGGCGACGAGCUCAACGCAGAGCCAGAGCAAACGCUCGGCGGGCCUGGAGGCCAUGAAGGGCAGCGACACGACACCAUGGAGAUGCAAGCGGUGCAUGCAACUGAGGAAACAUACCGCACAGUUUUGUCCCAUCUGUCAGACUCCCUGGCAAGCCUGCAUCGAUCCCACCUAUGUGCACCAAGUUCGUGCUACCAAGACCGAGGAGCAGUCGUAUGCGACCGGUUGGAAUCAGCAGGGCACUUGGGACUAUUCCCAAUGGGAUCAAACAGGCUAUCAAUCGCCACGAAAUCGGGCCAAUUCUCCUCGACAUCGACAACGUCCUCGCAGUGCGAAGAAACAGCGAGGUCGUGGACAAGGACAGGAUGUUCAAGGAAAAGGGGCCCCGCAGAUGCAUCAUCAAGGCAAAGGCAUGGAUGGAACGUUCCCGCAACCACCAUUGCCACCGCCUGCCGUUCCAUGGGCUGCAUCUAUGACGAUCAGUCCCACUAUGCAGAUGAUGCCGCCGAUGACUGCGAUGCCAUCAGCUAUGACACCAGUGCCGACUAUGCCAUCGACACCCAUGCCGUCAAUGCCACAGACUGCGGCAAUGACGCCGGUGCCUGCGAUGCCACAGCAGGCGAUGCAAAUCCCGAUGGCCAUGCAAGCUCCGCCACAGCUGCCAGAACCAGAAGCCAAGCUGUUGGCGUACAUCAGGCAGCGCAAGUCCGCUUUGCCUCCCGAUGUACAACAGGAGAUGGCCAAGCACGAAGGUGCGAAAGCAACCCAAGAUCUUUUCACUGCAGCAGAACAGAUGACUCGUGCCAAAGAAGACUACGAACAAGCUCUCCUUGGGCGUGCACAGCAUCUGCAGGCAUGGAAAGGAUUCUUGGCAAAAGCCGUUGCAGAUUGGCAGGAAUUUGCGAAGCAAUUUUUGCAGCACGAGAACGACCUCCAGGAACGCAUCGCUGUGACCAAGGAGCUCUUUGCCCAGGCCAAGAAGGACUUGGAUCGAGCUCGUCAAGAUGCUGGCGAAGUUGUAGUGGACCUCACCGAGGAGGAGAAACCUCUGGAGGAAGGCGCCACCAAUGGAAACUCAGUGGAGAAGGUCACCAUGAGCAUCCAGCAUUUGGCAAGCUCUCUUCAGCAGCUGCACUCAGAAGCUGCUGCAUUGGACGCAGAAGUUCCUAUUGCAAAGAGAGCCAGAAUGGAGACAACCGAGGUCAAAGACGAAAGCAUGGAAAGAACCUUUUGCUCUGCGGCCACUUUGGCCAGAAAGUGGAGCCACAGCAUCCUCGAAGAGGAGUCAUUCCUUUCGGAAUGGGGAGCGCGUGAGAGUGCGAGAAACUUGGAAUUGGAGGUUGAGAUUGCCAACAUUCCUGCCAUCACGCCCCUGUUCAAGAGCUCCUCAUAUUUCACUGCCAAGCGCAAUACACGUUCCGAACGACGUCAGCAUGUGGGUUUUGCUGACAGCGUUCAAGUUUACAUUGGCCUGGCAGAUGAGAUCACCAUGUUUCCCACCCGAGUUCCACAGGAUUUGAUUGGUACAGGCUGUAUGCCCUGGCACCUUGCAUAUGUGCUCAACCCACCUUGGAGCGAUCCGCAAGCCACUUUGGACUCUGCGUUGAUCCCUAGCGAUGCGUUGACACCAGUUCCAUUUUUCCAAUCUAGAUUGCCAACAGAUGCGCAAGUUGAUGCACCCCAACAUGAACAUGACAUUCCUAUUGGUGCAAUCAACUUCCCACCUGAUGCAAACGUUGCAGUUCCAGUCCUUCCCAACUUUGCUCGACACAUUCUGACUGGUGACAGAACAGCUGUAGACGAUGAUUGGGAUAGAGGCAUGACUUUGCGCACGUGGUUUCUACAUCAUGAGCAGCAACACCAUUGCGAGCUUCCUCGACUCAUACAAUUGGUCGGCAAUGCCCAUUCUUGGCGCAACCAACUCCUUGCGUUGUGGAUUGACCUUGUUUGGCAGGGAGAACGCAUUGAAAUUCAUGUUGCUGAACCAGAUCCGCCACGACCACAACAUUUUGCUCAUGUUGCAUAUGACAUUUUGAUUGUGCAGGGUGACAGCGAUCUUCGCAAAGCAGGUCUGGUAACAGCUAUGUCUGCUACUGAGCCAUUUCAAUACUGGGCAGCGGCAGCGCUCCUUCCCCUUCAAGUUCGUGGAUUGCAACUUGUCAAUGUCGUACAUAUGGUAGAUGCCUGCCAGCAGAAUCGAUGCCAUGUGUUCUAUCGCUGGACGGAAAUCCCCAUCAAUAUGCAACCACUGCAUGUCAUGGACAAUGGACGAGCGUUUGCCCUUCAUUUUCAUUCUACAGCAAUAGCUGCAAGCUCUGACCAAGUUCCGGGGCUUCCUCUGCCACAACAAGAACAUGUGCCUGCGCCGCCUGUUCACUAUAUCCCUGAGGAGGACUCCCUUGAGUCAGAGUCUGAGGAUGCUGAAAUUGAAAAUGACUCCAAUGGUUACAGUCCCUCAGCACAAGAAGCGGUUGUUGACCUCCAAAAUCUGCAAGGAGUGACUGUAUACCGGCUACAAGAUGACCCUGUUCAUCUCUACAUCCGAUGGCAGUCCUAUGUUGAAGUCGUGGUUGACCUUGCGAAUCGUUUGCGGAUUCCGAUUGAUGAGAUCAUCACUUACCAUCCGAUUCAUGUUGCGAUUGUGGGCCAACAACCAGCUGAAGCAGUUGUGAUUCUCCAACAUGCCGUGGACAUCCCGGUUGGUUCCAGCGACAAGCUUAUAUUGCUGGACCUGGAGAUUCAUCAGCACCCUGGUGUACAAGUCCUACCAGCUACACCUCAUGUGGCUCGCAAAGUGUGCCGAGUCUUACAACAUGUGGUACGUGCACACAUUUUGAUGCAUGCGGGUGUAUUCCGCUAUUGUCAGCAUCAAGGUGAUCGUUGUCUCGUGCACCUUAAUGAUCAACUUUGGCCUCUUCAAGAUUUUGCACCACGAUUGCUCCAACAUGGUGACUAUCUCAGAGUAGUCGUCCCUCCGCCUAUGCAAUCUGAUGAUGGCACACUCUGCACGAUUGACCGCAUCGAACGGCAAUACCGUGCCGACUUAGCGCCUGAUGUCCAACCAUUUCAGUGUCCUGCACAAGUACAUCCUGAGCUAUACAUCAACAGUGAUCUGGUUUCUCAGGAACUUCCUCAUGAGAACUUGAAGUUGAUCGUGCAUAGCUCUGACAGGCCUGAACUUCAAGCACAACCAGUAGGUGUGCCUCAACGAGAGCAUUCCAGCUUUUUGGCCCCGCAAGACGGAAGUCGUCAAGAUUGGCUGCUGCCUGCAGGUAUGAUUUAUUUGCAAAAAGCUGACCUGUUUGGCGAUGAAGAGUUUGCCACAGUGGAAUGGAUCACAUGGUUUCUUUCUGCUCCUCUUCGACUACGAUCUGAAGAAUCGAGAUCGAUUCGCCUUGACAUGGAACAACACCUGUGGUACCAUGAUCUUUGUCAACUAUGGAAUGAUCAGUGGAAACCAUACCUUGAGACCCAGAUCUAUGUCGUGAUGCCUGAAACUUUGCAGACCUUGCGCCUGGAGCGAGUAUGUCAAGGUCGUGGGUGCUACGUUGAAACCCAUGGGCGCCGUGUUCCAGAAUAUGGGCUUGGACAUGCUGAUGCAGGAGACAAUGUUGUCGUCAUUGCCCCAGCACGGAAUGUGGAAGACAUGACCCUUUUGCAGACUUCCGUUGUGAGAAUGCCUCCAACUUCCCGAUCUGAUGUCCAAAAUGCUGUGUUACGUGAGCGCCUAACAGGUGAUUCGGUGGCUCACGAUCACCGGCCACGGACACAGCAACAAUCUGCAGAGCCCCCAAAGUUGAAUCUUGCUGCUUUGAUUGACCCACCAACAUAUCUCACAAUUGACUUCCGUGGAGUACAAGCCCUUGGUAGUGAGCUCCUUGCCCUCGAGCUUGGCCCAAUUCAAUAUGCUGACCAACUGGUCAAGUGGCAUGAAGCAACCCAAGAGGCCUUUACAUUGACCCCCAACUGGACGAUUGAGACACCAAUUGGGUUUUCCUUCUACACUGAUGGGUCCUCUGCAUACCUUGACCGUGAACGCAAAGCAGCUGCUGCAGUUGUGUUGAUCAUCCACACCCACCAAGGAGACCGAUUUGGUGGAUUCCGUAGCUACGUAGUGGAGCAAGGUGCAUAUGCCCCGCAAGCUGAAAUGACUGGUGUCUUGACGGCAGUGCUUUGGGCUGCGCAGCUUUCAGAGAUGUUUACUGCUCACUCCCCAACACUGCAUUUCGUUUUUGACUGUCUGGUAGCUGGCUACACUGCCAAUGGAAGCUGGCGUAUUCAAGCUCACCCAGAUCUUCAGAGUACCACACGUUCUCUAGUGCAGUGGAUUGAGCGACGAUUCUCGGUGCAAACCCAUUGGCACCAUGUGUAUGCACAUUCAGGGCAAGCAUGGAAUGAAGCUGCUGAUGCGAUCACAUGGGCUGUGGUGGCAGGAUGGAUUGAUUCCCCAUCCUUUGCACAAGUGUGGGGCGUCUUGCAAGAGCAGAUUGAUACGCAUUGGCUUUGGCUACUUGAAGCUGCCCAGCGUGGUGAUCCAAUGUAUCCAUUUUUACGUGAUGGGAUCAUGCAACUCAACAUUUCAGCUCCACUUGCUGAUCCUCCAGAUGAUGCUGAUCACCCCAUGGCCAAGUGUCAAAACCAACCGACCUCGGAGGGUGUCACUACUUCCAUCAUUUUACAGUGUGCUACUGCCAAUGUGCUGACCUUGCACCCCAACAAAGCAGAACAUGGCACAGGUGUAUCUGCUCGAAUGGAAUCUCUUUUACGGUCAUUUGCAGCUGCGAGCAUUGAUGUCGUGGGUGUGCAAGAAACGCGCUCCCGCCUUCAUGGUCACACCCGUUGCGAAGGUUUUCAUGUCCUUUCCUCUCCAGCCACUUCGCGAGGGAUUGGAGGUGUCCAGUUGUGGAUUCGAACUCAAUGGAAAGUUUCGCAAGGCUCUAUUUCCAUUGAUGCCGGCAACUUACAUAUCCUCCAUGCCACUGCACAACGGUUGGUGGUGAGAUUUUGCAAAGAUGGACUGAGACUCCUUUUUGUAGUUGCCCAUGCACCAGCCUGCUCUGACUUUACGGAAGCUACGCAGUUUUGGCAGUCUCUCACCACAUCAAUUCCUGCUGCCUAUCGAUCAUGGAAGCUGAUUGUUCUGGUCGAUGCAAAUGCCAGAUUAGGCACGGAGACCUCACCAUGUGUUGGCCCCGCUGGUGCCGAGCCAGAAAAUGUGGCUGGCGAAUGCUUCCACACCUGGCUCCAUGAGCACUCGCUCUUCUUGCCGCAGACUGAAGACGAUAUCCAUGAAGGACCUCAUCACACAUGGUUCCACAGCACUGGCACCGGGGCUCGCCUUGAUUACAUUGCAAUUGACCAAGCUCUUCGGUCUCCAGGUCUACGCACUCAUGUUGCUGACGUUGACUUGACGAUUCAGAAGCUUGACCAUGCCCCGGUGGUACUUGCGCUUCCAUUGACCUGCCAAGUGCGACUCCGUCAUGGUGAACACCAAAGUAGCCGUGCUGAGCGGGAAGGACUUCAAGAUCUCCCAAACCCGUCUUGGAAGACCAAUGUCCAUACCCAUGCUGGUCGCGUUCAGAGCUGGAUGCAACACCUCUGUCCUGCCCAGCCAAGAUGCCGACGUAAACGACAUCUGCAAGACUCCACAUGGGCCUUGAUUGAGCAGAAGAAGUGGCACUGGAAACGUUGCCGGCAGCUAAGACACACGCAACGCAUUGCCUUGCUGCGUGAGAUCUUUCAAGGAUGGAAGCAGCGUGACGUUUCAGAUGAAGUACGUUGCCUUCGCCCUUGGAUGAGGCUUUGCGACUGCACAAUGGCUUUUCAUUCUUGGCAGUACAAGCGGUUGUGUCUUCAAGUCCUGAGAGCAGUUCGAAGUGACGACAAGUCCUACUAUGAGCAGCUUGUGCAAAAGCAGAGUGAAGUUGCCGCAGAUGAAGGUCUGACAGGCCUCUGGAGACACAUUCGUGCUGUUCUGCCUAAGGGUAUCGCCAAGCGCAAAUCCAGUACCCGCUGCAUGGGGCCUCAAGUUGAAGAGUUAACCCAGCACUACUGCAGCCUUGAGGCUGGCUUUGAGACUUCGUACAAUGGCCUGUUGCGAGCGUGUGCACAGCGGCAGCAAGAAGCGGGCGAAGAUCUACCCUUGCAAAUGGCCCUCCAUGAGAUUCCCACGCGCACUGAAGUUGAAUCCCUCUGCAGACUUGCCAAGAAGGGAAAAGCUCCAGGUCUGGACGGAGUUCAAGCCGAAGUACUCCAGCAAUGCAUGAUGCAGCACUCCGAAGUCUUUUAUGCACUGCUCUUUAAGAUCUGGACAUUAGCUGCAGAGCCUUUGUCUUUCAAAGGUGGAAAAAUUUGCUGGAUAGCGAAGAAGAGUGGAGCCACUUCAGCAGCCUCGAUGAGGGGGAUCAUGCUAUUAGAUUCUCUCGGAAAACUUUUCCACGCGUUGGUCCGCAAGAAGCUGCUGCCGUGGGCGUCAUCAGUCCGCACUGCUACGCAGUUUGGAGGCUACAAGGGGCAGCAAACCAUUUUUGCCACGUUGAUGUUGAGAUGCUUUGCCCGAUAUGUUCAGUCUCAAAACAUGUCAUUGGCUAUAGUUUUCGUUGACGUGCGAAGCGCUUUCCAUUGCCUUCUUCGCCAACACGCUUUUGGCACUGCCGCAGAGCUUCCUCCAGUGUUGCUGGAAGCUCUACUGAAUGAAGGUCUUGAUGUGCAAGCUUUGGCCCGCGACCUUACAGCCCAUGCACAAGACUUUGCUGCAGCCCCACCUGCCGUAGCCCGUGUCAUGAGGGACGUUCACCUUGACACAUGGUUCACAUGCCCAGGUAGCACCAAAUGUUUUGCCACUACCAGAGGCUCCCGUCCAGGAUCACCCAUUGCCGAUUUGGCCUAUAAUGCAAUGAUGAGCUCUCUUCUGAAACGCUUGCAGUGUCGAAUUGAUGAGAUGCCAUCGACCCAACAGGCAUACGCCCUACUCAAUUGUCAGGCCCCACUCUUGGCAUGGGUCGAUGAUGUGGCAUUGCCUGUGCCGUGUCUUCGGGCUGACUGCCUAGACCAGCAGCUCCAAUGCACAAUGGAAGUUAUGCAUGAAACCUUUGAAGCGUAUGGGCUGCGCCUCAAUUGUGGAGCAGGUAAAACUGAAGCCAUUGUCCAGUACCGAGGCGCCAAUGCACCACAGCUGCGCCGAGACCGAUUCAUUGAUGGGUACGGAAUGCUGGAAGUGCCUGGACGAGAUGCCUUGCGAGUCGUUGCACAGUACACGCAUUUGGGCAUUAAGGUUGCUCAAAACUUCGAUGUCACUGCAGACCUGAAUUUCAAGAUUGGCAAGGCCACUUCUGCCUUUCGAACUAUGGCCCGUCCUCUCUUUCACAACAAAAAGUUGCAGGUCUCUCUUCGACUGAAGUUGCUGGACACUCUGGUUUUGCCCAUUCUUUUCUAUGGUUGUGGUAGCUGGCCUCUUCUUUCAGUGCGGCAGUACCAGCGACUUUCAGCCGUGAUUACACGUUGGCAAAGACAAAUUGCAGGCGUUGGAUUCUGGAGUGACACUCAGAUGACAGAUGAUGCUUUCCGUGCAGCUUGGCGUCUCCCUUGCCUAUCUGUGCGGUUAGCCAAGCACAGGUUGCUGUUCUUGAUACAGCUGCACCGAACAGCACCUGCAUGUGUUUGGGAGAUGGCCACCGCUGAAGAUGAGUUUUGCACUACAUCGUGGCUUUCUGGAGUGCGCCAUGCUCUGCGAUGGUUAUGCACUAUGCAAGCGGAUGCUCCAUCACCUGAUUGCACCCUUCCAGAGUUGACCACAUGGCUGCGCACCUCUUCACACACCAAACCUGCCCUGGUACGUAAUGCUGUUGCGCGGCAUUUGACGCAAGAACAAACUGCUCACCAUGUCAUUGAGAUGCAUAGGAAGAUUCAACAAGCGUGCCGAGAUGGCGGAGUUGAUUUUGACACCUAUCAACAUCCCAUGCAGGUAGGUGGUCAUUUUGCGUGCAACAGUUGCCCUGCGACAUUUUCGUCGGUCCAAGGCCUGACAGCUCACCGCUGGAAAAAGCAUGGUCAAUUUUCCGAGGAACGUAAGUUUGUUUUCUCUGGAGUUUGUGAAUGCUGCCGAAGAUGUUUCUGGACGGCCCAACGUCUUCAACAACACCUGCGCUACUCCAAACGGCAUGCGACAGGCUGCUACUGGUGGUUGGCUAAGCACCUUGACCCCUUGGACCAACCGCUUCCAGUGCAGAUGCCUGACAUCUACAAAGGACAGCACCGACUUCCUCACACUUCUGUUGCUGGACCACUUCAACCAGACAGUUCUACCCGGUGGGAUCGACAAAUGCAGCGGCAAUGGGAUCUAUGGACCGAAGAUUGGCGUCGACAUGGGUUUCCUGAUGACCUUUCAAUGCCAAUUUGUGAGGAGGUGCACCAAUCCAUGACGCAUGUGGCACUGACCUGGACAGCUGAGCAGCCGCCGCUAUCUAAUCUCUGGUGUCACAUCAUUGAUGCCUAUCGUGAUCGUGGUGAAGAAGCACAUCAUCAUGCAAUCUGGUCUUUUGCGUUAUGGGGGCGAGAAUGUCUCUAUGAGCUGCCAGAGCAAACGGAUGAUUUGGACUUAUUCGCCCUCAUUGAGACCGAAUAUUUGGAACUACUGGGUGACUUGCCUGUUUCUGACCUUAUUGACCGACUGGAGAAGCUUCAUCGAGCCGUCCCUCCAGCUGAUGGAUCUGGAUGGAAUGAACCUACUCCGCCUGCCCCUGCAGAAGAUGGUCGUAAGCAGGCUGCCAUUGAACCAUUUCUUUCGGUAUAUGACCAGAUGCGAGAUGCCAUGCAGUUUGUUGCCAAUGCUCCAGUCAUUGAGUGGCCGCAGCAGAAAGGUAUUCCAGUCUGCGAGAUGGAGGCGAUCUUUGUGAUCUACUCCAAGGACCAGGCCUUCGAGCGCUACAUGGAGUGGUGGUCGUCUGACAGGCCCUGGGGUUUGAGCUACCUGACGCAUCGAGAGCUACGUCAGGUGGCUACAGGAAGCGCCCUGAUGAUGUCGAAUGUGUACAUCGAAAUCAAAAUUGUCCUACGAGGGGGAGCUGCCAUUCAGGAGCAUCCAGCUCCGCAUGAUGACGAGACGUACGCCAGUGUUUGGCGCACGGAUCUGCAACGCUGCCUUUGCUCUACAGCUCCAUGUGCGCAGCAGGUGCGGAUCCAACAGUGGAAGUUUGGAGCGACGGCUGUCAAGCCCACUGUUCUGCGCACUAUGGGUAUCUCUCGAGCGGCUGGGAUUCUCCAUCGACAUGAAGUUCCAGGCGCUGUGAGGCCUACGAGUGUCUUAGCUGGUUUGGACACUGGCACCGGGGACUUUCGCACAGCGCAGGCGAAAGAGUACCCCACAGGCCUUUGCCGGGCCCUGGUUGCUACGAUGCUUGAGGGCCUUGCCCAGCGCCGACGCCGACAUGGAGAUUCUAUCCAGCACGUGACUCAGCUCGGAGAGCGAGAACGUGUCGAAAACACCGUGAAGCAGCUGCUGUACAUGGCUGGAGACAAAACGGUUCGUGGCGCCUUCUCGUACACCUUGAUCGUGUGGGUCUUCAACCCACCAACGGCUACGCUGGCAGCUACAUGGCGAAUGGAUACCUUCCAGAGGUUUUCUGCCGAGCCAGACACUGCGUUGGAUGAAACAGAGUUUGUGGGUUAUAACGUCAACAACAUGCUCAACAUCUUCCAAGUGGUGAAUACCAACAACGUGCUCAAUGGCAACACCAAGAUCAACGAUGUGGACAUCCUCUUGCAGUUUCCAGAUCCUAUGAAGGAUGGAGAUGAGAUUCUCGUGACCGGUCCCAAGGAUUUCAAUCUCAUCGGAAAUCCAGAGCUGGCCAAUUGCAAUGAGUUCCGCUGGGUGGGCGGCGUUCAGUUGCCGGUCACGGGAGAGCCGGGCUGCACCUGUGACUUGCAGAACUUCUGCACCAUUCGCUGGCUCAUUGAUGAGUCCAAAGAUCCAGCAUAUCCACAGAAUCAAGACUUGCAUUUCAAGGUUGGAACGACGAAUCCAUCAAAGACACCUUUCCUGACGGACAACUAUUGGAAGGCCAGCUUCAGCGAGGAUGGCAAUGCUGGAGUGGCUCACAUGAAGGGCAGUGUGGUGAAGUCGUCGCACAUCUUCCAGGGCUGGUCGGUGAACCCGCAGCUGGAAAAUGUGGACUUGCGCCUAGUGGGAACCAAAUAUGCCGCUGGAAAGAUCUCGGACAUCGAAGUGAAGUUUACCCCCAUCACAGAUGCGGAUACUCUGAAGAUUGAGGCCAUUUUUCCGACUCAGUUCAACUUUGACCAAUCCACCGUGCCGUUGCCAUACGACAUCGACAGUCGAAGUGAAGGAUCGACUCUCAUCAUCAAUCGUGGAGGUUUUCGCGCUGGUGUCAUGGCCACCAUUGCCAUCAACACCGUCCGCCUGGGCCGUGCCGGUGGGCAGACGCGCUUCAACUUUGUCACAUACAAAGAUGAGAUGCUGGAUCUGGGUGAGAAGAGGGAUGAGAAGUUGGAUUUCACAGGUGGCUUCCGCUUGCCCGGAUUGUGGGGAGGCUCAGUACAGAUCCAGGAUGGCUCGUUGUUGGACGGGUACCAAGAUGCCAGGGCCAUGUUCCCUGUGAAGUCACUCUUUCAACCGCGAGUCCAGGAGGAGAUCAAAAGGAAGUUGCGGGUGGACGCCAAAGCGGAGUUCACCUUGUCCUUCUCCAGGGCUGUCCAAGCGUCUGAGAGGCUUUUGGUGACAUGCCAGGGGCAAGCCAAGUACCAGCUGAAGCAGUCGCCCUUCGUGGUGAUCGGCAUUGGAGAAAUCGAAACCAACGUGGAGAUUGAUACGGAUGGUAUCCUGAGGGCCACCUUGAAACCUGGUCGACCUGCUACAGAGGUUGCCUUACAGGCAGAUACGCCGUACACCAUCAUCAUGUGGGUGUUGCCAGUGCAGGGAACCAACACUUGGCGAUUUGACACUAGCGAUGGUGGAUCAUUACCCACCAACACCAACGAUGGCGAGUUGAACGGCUUUGCGCCCGUGGAGCAGUUUGUGCUUGGAGUGGAGGCAGUUCGAAGUCCGCCCAGAGCAGUCGUGAAUGUCAUCCUGAACAUUGAUGUCGGCAAUGCGAUUGUUCGGGAGCUGAUCAUUGUGACACCUCCGGAAUUCAGCUUCGAUGACAGCGCGGGUGGCUGUGGCAACAUGUGUCUGCCUGGCGAGUCCUUUGCGACGAACCGAAAGACCGCGACCAUCGCCUCGCCCACGGGAGAGCCAUUGACGCAGCUCCAGGGAAUUCAGGUCCGUGUGCUGACACCGGAGCAAACACCUAGCAGCGUCACUUGGUACGUGGAAGGACGUGGUCAGGGUGCUGGUACAACUGUUGGUUGGGGCGAAGGUGCCGGCUUCUUUGUCACACAAAUGGCCGCCACCAACGUGAUGUACCCAGCUGUUGCCACAGUGCAGCAAGCGCAAAUUGUGUUCACCUUUGCCCUGAACGUGAAUGCAGGGAACCAGAUCAAUAUCGUGGCCCCGCCCGGCUUCAUCCUCACGUGUUCCACGGAGGGUGCCCUCAAGCAGAUUAGCUUGCCUGGUGGAAAGCCAAACUGCAUCGAUGAUCCAUUGCAAAUCGUUGUGGACACAACGCUCACCAGGGAUCAGUACGCCUUUGCUUUGUUAGUGGAUUUGCCUCCUGAAACACCAGAUGCCAAUACCUUUAGCAUUAUCAUCAGAGAUCUGGACAACAAUGUGGUAGAUGCCGCGUACUCCAUUCAGGGUAAGCCCAUUGUGGCAAUCCCAGUGACGCGGCCAUACCUGUUCUGGACUCAAUCGGAGCCAGGACAAAGGACGGACGUGACGAUCGGCUUGGAAUUUACCUUGACCACCUCAGGUGUCAAGGCCGUGCUGAUCAUGUUGCCGGAGACCUUUAUUCAUGACGUCCAGACUCCCACGGACGUGCAGAACAUGAACAAGGAUUUCCGUGUCGCCGCCGGAUCAGAUUGGGCAGAUACUCAGUACACUGACCGGAUCAAGAUCGCCCUGGACGACAGUGGCGGUGGUGUGGAUAUCGAUCCAGGGGUGUAUAGGUUCAAAUUUCCUGUCCUCGUUCCUCCCAGUAUGCCAAAUAGCAACUACUGGUCGAUUUCGUUGUGUAAUGACAGAGAUUGUCAGCAGCCAGAUGAUAGGUAUAUCAUCGUCAGUUUCCCCAUUGCCGGCUUCUCUCUCUACGAGUUGCCGCCAGAGGCAAUCAGACCGCCAAACAUGGACAGAGAAAGCCGAGGGAGCACGGCGGGGGUCGUUCUCAUUGCAGCCCUUCUGCUACUCAUACUGCGAUAACAUCGAGAGAGCAUGUUUCACUCGUUCAGUGGUUCCGAACGAAGAAUGCACAAAGGGCUUCUGCAGCAGUUCUCUCUGGUUGCUUCUGCGGACUCCCGAAGCUGGUUAAAUUUUACUGGUUCC